AUAAGCAAGUAUACGUGGAAGCUCAGUUCUCGCACCAGCUACCAAACUCGAAUAUUUCUGCAAUUACUGGAAGAAAUAACACAGAUUUCUCUGAUUUGCAUUUCAGUUUUUGAUCGAGAUACGUUUAGAAAGAGGAUACAAAUUUCUGGGCUACCCACGAAAUUCAGAGAAAGCAAAUACAGCAUCGAAUUUUUUGAUUUUGUUUUGGUAAAAAAUGGGUCAGGCAUUUCGUCGAGCAACUGGAAGGAUUGGCAGCUCCGCAGUCGAUACGACGUCGCAGCUCCGGAAACCCAUUGAGCGGCCGCCAGCUCCGCCUCCACCACAUUCUUCUGUUCCCGUUGACAAAAACCCAGCUGCUGACAUCACUCAAGGUUCCGAGGGUGCAUCAAGAGUGAAAGCAGAAAAUGUCCUUGAGGAACGAGACCCGCAAUAUGAUUCCAUGCUCAGCCAAAUGGUGGGUAGAAUUCAAGCAAAGCCUGGAGGGAAGCUCGAGAUGGGCGAGGCCACUGUGGUGAAGAGUUACAAAAGGCCUUUGCCGAAGCUACGGAAUACAAAACCAGAUUCCAGCAGGUACGAGGACCGGUCUGCGCCGCCUGGAACACUGAAGAUAGCGCAGCUGCGCCAAAUCAUUCUCUUGCACGAGGGCAAGUCGGAUGAGCACGAUGGUCCCAUGGAUGCCGGUCAAAUUGCCGAACGGUUCCGGAUCGACGUUGCACAGGUUCAAAAUAUCCUCCAGUUUGUAUCUCUUCCUCCGGAGGAUGACAGUAAAAAGAAAAAUGAUCAAGAAUGAUCACUUAUUGUGUUCCAAGAGCUUCAUUGAUCAAGUUUUUGAUUAACUUUUUGUAUGAGGAAUAGAUCUUCUAGAGGUGAGAACUGCAAAUUGUACUAGGUGAAUGUUGCAGUGUUACUUGAUAGGGAUUUUCUUUUCUUUUUUUCUACAGAAUUUUGUAACAUUAUGCCCCUCUAUAUAUUUUUGCUUGUUGGAAAUAAUACUGUCAAAAAUGUUGAAAGAAAAAUGCUUUUGGACUCAA